AAAUUCUCUAGCGGGCCAUGUGAUGCUAGGAGUCAUAGGCGGCUUCUGUGUGCGGGCCAGUGUGAUUCUCCAAGAAGCUCCGAGGUAGACCUUUUACUUUUACAGCGUCAUCCCGCACACAUGGAGGGAGCCGACGAGUUCACGAAGUACCGCUCUCCGCUGGUGUCCAGAUAUGCAAGCAAGGAAAUGUCCUAUAACUUCAGCGACAAGAAGAAAUUCACAACCUGGAGGAAGCUUUGGAUCAUUCUGGCCAAAGCUGAGAAGGCUUUAGGUCUGCCGAUUACGGACGCUCAGAUCCAGGAGAUGGAGAGCCACGCCGAGGACAUCGACUUCGCCAUGGCGGCCGAAGAGGAGCGGAAGCUCAGGCAUGACGUGAUGGCUCACGUCCACACCUUUGCUCACUACUGCCCCACUGCCGCUCCCAUCAUUCACCUGGGAGCCACGUCUUGUUAUGUCGGAGACAACACUGAUCUCAUCAUGCUGCGUGAUGGCUUUGACAUCCUUCUGCCUAAGCUGGCGAGAGUCAUCGACAGGCUGGCAAACUUUGCAGAGAAAUAUGCCGACCUUCCUACGCUCGGCUUCACACACUACCAGCCCGCCCAGCUGACCACCGUAGGGAAGAGAGCAUGUCUUUGGCUGCAGGACUUAGCGAUGGACAUGCGGAACCUGCAGCGAGCACGUGACGACCUGCGUUUCCGGGGGGUCAAGGGGACGACAGGGACGCAGGCCAGCUUCCUGCAGCUUUUUCAGGGGGACCACGACAAGGUGGAGGAUCUGGACAGGAUGGUGACAGACAUGGCUGGAUUCAAAAAAGCUUACGUGGUGACUGGUCAGACAUAUAGUCGUAAAGUGGACAUCGACUCUCUGUCCAGCCUGGCCAGUUUGGGAGCUACUGUUCACAAGAUUUGUACAGACAUCCGCCUGCUGGCCAACCUAAAGGAAAUAGAGGAGCCUUUUGAGAAGGAGCAGAUUGGUUCCAGUGCCAUGCCGUACAAGAGGAACCCAAUGCGUGCAGAGCGCUGCUGCAGCCUGGCUCGGCACCUGGUGGCGCUGAUGGCCGACCCCCUGCAGACAGCUUCGGUCCAGUGGCUGGAGAGGACGCUGGACGACAGCGCCAACAGGAGGAUCUCCCUCCCAGAGUCCUUCCUGACAGCAGACAUCGUCCUCAGCACUCUGCAGAACAUCACAGAGGGUCUGGUGGUCUACCCAAACGUCAUCGAGAGGCACAUCCGCCACGAGCUGCCCUUCAUGGCCACGGAAAACAUCAUUAUGGCGAUGGUUAAGGCUGGAGGGAACAGACAGGACUGCCACGAGAAGAUCCGGGUUCUGUCCCAGGAGGCAGCAGCUGUAGUUAAACAAGAAGGUGGUGAUAACGACCUGCUGGCCAGGGUCCAGAGGGAUCCCUACUUCAUCCCCAUCCUGGGGCAGCUGGAUGCCCUACUGGACCCCAAGACCUUUAUUGGUCGUGCUCCACAGCAAGUAGCCAGGUUCCUGUCUGAAGAAAUACGCCCCCUGCUGGAGCCCUAUAAGUCCAAGAUGGACGUUAAGAUUGAACUGGAGCUGUAAUAAUAACAUGCACAAUUAUAGAUGGGAGAAAAACAGUUGAUCACUGUAUUUGUGCAUACAUCAAUAAAGAGAUCUGUGAAAUCAA